AACUAUAAAUUAUAUAGUAAAAUAUAAAAUUAGAUAUAUAUAAUAUUAGUAAUAAAUAUAAAUAAGAAGGAAUGAAUAUGAAAUGUAUUUGUAUGGUGUAGAAAUAUGAAUAUGUAUCUGAUCCUGUGUGGGGCGUAUUACAGUAGACGGUCAUGUGAAAUUCCUGCAACAACUUGAAACUAGCAAACGGAAACGGACAGACCCACCACCGACCACCGACUGAGGGAUUUUUCUCUAAUUGGAACGCCCUACUUCUGCCCUUCUUUCGAUUCGAUAGGGUUGGGGCCGAUCGUCCCGCCGAUGUUGCAUAAACGGAAGGAACGGACAGUCGAAGAGCUCUACAGCGCAACGGACGUGGUUAUGCAACCGAAGGCAUAUCACACCAGUUCUAAGAGGGAGUUAUCGCAUGCAAGGUCCUGUUGAUGAGACUGAUCAUGAUACUCAGACGAAUAUGGUGUCAUUUCAAUCUGAAAACAAAUUUGAUAACUGUUCCAUGAGUCGUAAAGUUCAUAUGAGAGGUGAGUCUGGGGCCUGUAACGUCUGUGCUGCUCCCUGUUCAUCGUGUAUGCAUUUCAGUCGAGCUAUCAUGGGGUCGAAGACUGAUGAAUAUUCUGAUGAGAACUGUCGUGUAAACAUUGGUAGUCAGUAUUCUGUCAAUGGGGGUGAUACUUCUUCGUCUUUUAAGAGUAAGACAUGUGACAGCUUACAGCAUACUACCAGUGAAACAAGUAACUUAAUUAGUGUCAAUUCUAGUCAUGAUUCUUUAUCUGAAAAUGCUGACAGCAAAGCAACCUUAAGGUCCUCUAAUGUAGCUGAUACUUUAGAAGUUGAAAUGCUUCCUAAGUUGUCCUCUGGUGGAACCACUGAAGAGGUUGAACUUUCUCCUAAACCUCUGUGUGAUAUAUAUUCUGGUGCCUUCACAAAUAAGUACGAGGAUCCCAAAGGUGUAGAAGCUCAUGAUGAUAAUAUUUCAUGUGUUAGUAGAGUCAAUGAUGCAUAUGCUUCAGCCAGCAAUGCUAGCAGGAGUGUAGACAGGAAGAAUUUGUCAUGUAGUUCAGCUUCAGUUAGUAGUUUAGGCCCAGAAGAAUCCAGAAAGGCACAUGAGUUAGUCUUGUCGGAGGUGCCUCCUUCAAAAGAUGUUGGUGCUGGCAUUAGCUCGCCAAAGGAAAAGAAACCCUCUUCUUAUAUUCAGGGAAAACUGCCAGAAGGUUCACUUGGACAUGUUGAUUCUUCAUUGGUGAAAGAUGCAUUAGCGGAUGUUGUUUCUGACCACAAAACUGUUGCAUGUAAGGUUACUGACCCUAAGAAAAUUUGUCUAAAGGCGGAGGCAGGGAACAUAAAUGAUGAUGGGACUCCAACAAAUGAAGUUUUGAAAUGUUCGGAUCAAGGACAAGGUGAACAAGAAGAAAAGUCCAGUGAAUUAGGCAUUGGGGAGCCUCAUUUGCCAUCCAUGUCUGGCGAUGAAAGUGAUGAAUCUGACAUUGUGGAGCAUGAUGUAAAAGUAUGUGAUAUUUGUGGAGAUGCAGGACGAGAGGAUAUGCUUGCUAUUUGUAGCCGCUGCAGUGAUGGUGCAGAGCAUACCUAUUGUAUGCGGAAAAUGCUUAAGUCUGUCCCUAGAGGUAACUGGCUGUGUGAGGAAUGUAAGUUUGCUGAGGAAAGCAGUAGCCAGAAGCAAGAAACUGAGGGAAAAAGAAUGAAUAAAGUGAGUUCAAGCACACAUUUCUCUGGUAAGAGGAUUGCAGAAAAUGUAGAAGUGGCUCCUGCUGCAAAAAGGCAGGCUCUUGAAAUGAGCAUGGGUUCACCCAAGGCAUCUAGCCCCAACAGAAUGGGUGUUCUAUCCCGUGAGUCGUCAUUCAAAAACUUAGAUAAGGAGAGAGUUAGGUCAGCACAACAGACUUGUUUAGGGAAUCAAUCCACUAAUGAUAUGUUGGAAACAUCACGCUCUUCUACUGCUGGUCCAAGGCUUCAGACACCCAAGGGGACAUUAUUAAAGUCAAAUUCCUUUAAUGCCGGAAAUUCCAAACCAAAAGUUAAGCUUGUGGAUGAAGUUGUUCCGCAAAAGCAAAAGGGGGCUAAAGAGCAUACUUCUCUCGAUAUCAAAGAGAGACCUUCCAGAAUGAUAAGCAAAUCCAUGUCAUUUAAAUCCGUGAACUCAAGCCGAUCAAAUGUAUCUGAUUCAAAAGUGAAAAUAAUCUCGCCCAAGUUUAGCAAUGUUGUUGAUCUUAAAGGACUGAAACAAGCAAAAGAGCGGAAUGCAUUUGAGAGGAAAAAUUUGUCUAAACUAGAUCGUCCUCCUGUUAGUUCAACUACAGCUAGUUCUACCGCUUCAACACUAAAGGCUGACCAAGCAUCUCGUGUUGAAUCCAGUUUGGUGUCACAUGUAAGCAACAACCGGGAUUUGAAGGUUGUUCAGUGUGAAGGAAAACCAAAUAUUUCUACAAAAUCAACCAGCAACCUAGCUCGUAAAACUUUAGAAACUCCUAUUAUGUCAUCAGUUGGAGCUUCAUCUACCAUAUGCGGUUCUGCCACCGAACAGAAGCUGAACCAAGUUAGCUCUAAGGAUGAAAUCUUGCCCACUUAUUCUUCGGCUAUUGACAAACCAUCAAAUAAUUUUGAUGGAACUCCUCCAGAUGGGUUACCUCGGUUGCAGGAAACAAUAAAUCAGGCUGAUAAAGCCAGGGAAAGCUCUGUUCGCCCCAGGCCUAGUGCUCCAGUUAGUCCUAAAGGUAUUUUCUGUCAAAGAUGUAAAGAAAUUGGUCAUGCUGCAGAAUUGUGCACAACUGGUAGUCCGCAGGCUUCUGGUAAUGAUGCAUUGACUGCUAGAAGUUCUAGUAGGGAGGAAAUGCACAGAGGCAGUAAAUUGAAAGAUGCACUUUAUGCUGCUAUGCUUAGAAAGCCCGAAAUAUACAGAAAUAAAAGAGUGCUUGAUCAAUCUGAUGAGUUUUCCCCAUCAAACACAGACUUAAAUAGUGAAAUAGCCUGUCAAGAUCAAGUUUUCGUUUCAAAUAAGUUGAAAAAUAAUAUUUUGCAUGAAGGAUCACAAGAAAAGAAAGCAAUAACCGAGAGUUCUGGCUCUGACUCUUGCACACAUUCAACUGUCAAUAACAUGAUGCAGGAUGCCUUGCCCAUGACUGAUGUUGUGUUUUCUUCAAAAGUAGGGGACUUGGAUGCGGCUGUUCCUUCUGUUGGGAAACCGAUGGUGAAAGACUUCUUGGGUCAUGCUUCAGCAACCUUGGCCUUUCUCUCAAAGUUUUCGCCCAUUCCAGAAUAUGAAUACAUCUGGCAGGGGUGUUUUGAGGUACAUAGAAGUGGUAAUAUUCUGGAUUUAUAUGGUGGAAUUCAAGCACAUCUAUCAACUUGUGCAUCGCCUAGAGUUCUUGAGAUGCUACACAAGUUUCCUCAGAAACUUUUCCUGAAUGAAGUACCUCGCAUGAGCACCUGGCCAAUGCAGUUUCAUGACGGUGGUGCUAAAGAAGACAACAUUGCUCUUUACUUCUUUGCCAAAGAUCUUGAGAGUUAUGAGAGAAAGUACAAGAGCCUGUUGGAUGGUAUGAUAAAAAAUGAUUUAGCUCUCAAAGGAAAUGUUGAGGGUGUUGAGCUUUUGAUAUUUCCAUCCAAUCAGCUUCCUGAGAAAUCACAGCGUUGGAAUAUGUUAUUUUUCCUUUGGGGUGUCUUCCGGACGAGGAGGAUGCAUGGUCCAGAUUCAUCCAAGAACGUAAAUAUUCCCAGUUUGGAUGGGAUUUCAGUGGAAAAACAUACCCCUACUGCUGUCAUGACUUUAUCGGAGAAUCUAUGUUCACCAAAGCGUAUAGAUGAAGAAUCUUCUUCAUGUGGCAGGAAUUCUAAUAUGUUUUUAACUUCCAAUGUGCCUGCCCAGAUCUGUGCCAAAGUAACUGUGGAUUGUGAUGAACAAAAAGCUUCUCCAGAGCUGACGUGUUUGGGUUUGAAAGCGAAUUCAGUGCUGAAAGAUAGCCAACUGGUCUCCAAAUCUACGAGCGGUGUGCGCUUGUCUGAAGAAAUGAGAUGCACCAGCCCUUCCUUGCAAGAAGUUGGUCUUCCAAAGCAUGGAAUGGGUGCAGAUGUCAGACCAUCCCUCCCAGCCAUUGGAACACAUGGCUCGAACAUGGGUGAGAAGAUGCAACUUGAUAGAAAUUAUACUUCAUCUUUGAAAACUCCUCUUUCCAAUCAAGAGGUGGUAGGUGUUUCAGGGAAUGUUUAUGAGGAGAAAUUUUCAGAUUCCCUUGGUGUUUCGGGAAGUGUUGGUGAUAUGAUGCCUCUGGAUGGAGUGAAAAGAGAUGGGGAUCAGUAUAAACUUGAAAGGGAAGUGAAGGAAGAAGAUGAGCAUGUGAAUGCAGAGGCAGCUUUGGCAAGAGAUCCAAUGACCAAAGCAGUCAACUGUUAUCAGCCUAGUCAGAGGAAACGUCCGCACAUAGAUCUUAUGGAUACAGCUCCACCCGCUUCUGAUCUUGCAAGUCAGAAAAUGCCUUGGAAUGGAGUGAAUAAUAUGCCGAUUGAUGGAGCAAGUAUUGGUAAGAAGCCAAAGACAGGUUCAAUUAACAUGUAUGAAUAUAGUGGAAGAAAUUCUCUUGGUGAUGGUAUUUCAUCACAGGGAAAUGAUCUAGGUCCCUGUUCAUUAGUUGAGGAGAAGAGAUGUGUUGAAUCUUGUGAUGAGAAAGUCAUUCCGGAGGACUUUGGAACCACGGAAAGGUUCUUUUUUCCUGUAGAUUCACGUCAUGUGAAGGUGGGGGACAGCUUUGCAUCUCGGAGAAGUUUCUCAACAGGAAAUGAAGAACGGUCGCAUGAUGGAUUUCCGAACCUUGAGCUUGCUUUAGGGGCAGAGACAAAACCUCAAAAUAAGGGGAUUCUGCCUUUCUUUGUUGGGGUAGUGGACAAGAAAAAUAACCAGGACAAGCCUCCAGAUAAACUGAUAGACGAUAAAGAGGAUGAUGUCUCUGCUUCUCUUUCCCUCUCUCUUUCCUUCCCUUUUCCGGACAAGGAACAACCUGUUAAACCAGUAUCAAAAUCAGAGCAGCUCCGGGCUGAAAGGCGCCAUGUGAAUACCUCACUGCUCCUCUUUGGCGGUUUUCCAGAGAAAUAGUGGAAGUCGAAUUCCUUCCUGUCUCUUUGUACAUUAUCAUGCCCCCGCAAUGCAAUGUGUUGUUAGCUGUUGUACACCGGAGGAGCUUGUGCCAUCACCUUUGAUAUCGGGUGUUAUAGGAGAGAUCCCUUUUACCAUCUGUUCAUAACCCAUACAGAAUUUACUAAUAAUCUUCCUUUAUAUUUCCUUGUGCUUUAGAUUUUUUUUUUUUUUUUUUUUUUGGGGUUAUAAAAAAAGGAAAAUUUUAUUUUCGGAGUGCAUUUUCACGGCUGUUUGUAUAUAUAAAGAGAAUGUAAGAAGCCGGCAUAAUUUCCUAACACUAUUAGGAAUUUGCUAAAAUCUGACAUUUUUGUUCA